AUAUGUUUAGUUUAGGGUUGUGCUUUUUUUUUUUUUUUUUUUUUUUUUUUUUUUUUUUUUUUUGUUUAACCCACUGCCAGCCGCUCCAUCUCUCUCAUCUCUCAUCUGGCAUCUCCUCUUCCUACUUCGUCUUUCUGUCUCCUCUUUUUCCAUCUUUCGUCUCCUCGUCUUCCAUCUCUUGAAUCUCCACCGCCACGCAGGCCAGCCGUCUCCAUCUAUUUCUAUUCGAUCUCCUUUGCCUCGCCAGUCGCCACUCACCGUCGGUCACUAUUUACAGUUAACCACAAACAAAACAUAACUGGAAACUCUCAAGACACUACUCAAUAUCAAUCAUUCUCAACAUCAAUCCAAAAUCAAACUGGCACAAGGCAUGAACUUGAAGAAAUGCAAAAUUGAAAGAUCAUAGAACUUCAAUCUUACGAAUUUGAAGAGGAGAGGGGAAAAACUCCAGCAGGCGUACGAGAGCUGACUACGGAGGGCAGGCGGGAGGGAGACAUGGAAGGAGUAGAGAAUAUAACAACUGAGAAACAGAACAACUCCAUGGGACCGAAGAGGCGGCUGUCCUGCACAACCUGCUUUGAUGCUCUGUGGUUCUGCUAUUCUCCGGUUCAUCAGAUGCAGCAAUACUACAGGGUUGGAGUUUUUGAUAACUGUUCUAGCAAAUGGACAGCUCUUCUCGACUGUUUAAAUCUAAAGACGAAAAGAGCUUCUGAGGUUCAGGAAAUUCUUGAAAGCAGAGAAAAAGCAAAAUCUCACAUCUGGACUUUUCGAACCCCAGAAGAAGCAUCAUCACAUUGGAAGGAACUAUUUGGACAUUUAGAGGAAAUAGAAUGAAAAUGAUUCUAUUUGUCUUUUGUUCCGAUCCUCGUGAGUUACUAUUUUGUAAGACUGUUUUUGAUAGAAAAUUUGAUAUUGUUAUUAUUAUCAUUAUUAUCUUUUAAAAUACAUUUAGGUGGAGAAAUUAGCCAUCACGAUGUGUUAAUAGGACAAAUAAGAUAUGUUGUUUAUCCAGAAAUUUAGGACCGUUUUGGUCAGAAAAUCAUUCCUUACGCAUUCUAAAUGUCCAAAUAGAAUGAAAAUGAUUCUCCA